AUGGCAGCCGUCCGCGACCCAGCCUUCUGGAAACGCUUUUCCACGGCCGUACAUCUAGACGAGCAGAAAAGGCCGGAGUUGAAGCAUAGCGACUCAUGGCUGGAACGACAACAACGCAAAACCGCGCGCCGACGCUGGAUCUGUCCGCUUUUCUGGCUCGCUUUCCUCAUAAUCAUCGCUGCCAUUGUAGCGGUUAUUAUUUGGCUGCUGAAAAGUGGCGUGCUUAAUGGGCUGCAUCUUGGAGGCGAACCUGUGACUGCAUUGUCGACGUCGACGCCGCAGACGAAUGGGACUAGGACCGAUGGUUGA